AUGAACGGUUAUGGUGCGGCCCUUCGGUACCAGUACAUCAACACGUCUGUGCCCACGCACUACCAGCUGCUGCCUCACCUCUUCAGCUACGCAGCUCAGUCCGGCCAGAUCACCCCCCAACUCACCCCCCAACUCACCCCCCAGCUCACCCCCCAGCCCAGCGGGGUCUACCCCCAGUCCCACCCCCUGGUGCUGCAGCUGGUGGCAGCCGAGGACCUCAGCCCCCUGGCCACGCCCAUGCUCAUCGAGGACGGGUACCAGGUGAGCCAGGUGGAGCUGUUCGCCCUGCUGUGCCGGUUGGCGGACGAGCUGCUGUUCCGUCAGAUCUCGUGGAUUAAGAAGCUGCCGUUCUUCUGCGACCUGUCCAUCGAGGAUUACACGUGUCUGCUCAGCUCCACGUGGCAGGAGCUCAUCCUGCUCUCCUGCCUCACCAUCUACAGCAGCCACAUAUUUGGGGAGCUCGCCGAGGUCACCGCCAAGUACACGCCCAGCGACGAGGAGCUGCAGGGCUUCAGUGAAGAUGGUAUGGAGGUCAUGGAGCGGCUCAUCUAUUUGUACCGAAAAUUCCACCAGCUCAAGAUCAGCAACGAGGAGUACGCCUGCAUGAAGGCCAUCAACUUCCUGAACCAGGAUAUCCGGGGUCUGUCCAACGUGUCGCAGCUGGAGCAGCUGAACAAGCGUUACUGGUACGUUUGUCAGGACUACACCGAGUUCAAGUACGCUCACCAACCCAAACGCUUCCCCGAGAUCAUGAUGUGUCUGCCCGAGAUACGCUGCAUCGCAGGAAAGCUGGUGAACGUCCCGUUGGAACAGCUCCCCCUGCUGUUCAAAGCGGUACUGCACUCCUGCAAAACCAGCCUGAACAACUACAGGAGCAGCCAGUCCCCGUGUGUGACCUCUGCCCCAGGAAACUAA